GGGGCUAAUUCUUGGAGAUGGAAUGCGGGAGGCUUGUGUGUUCUACUGAUCAUCUGUCGAGGAAAUGACACCCUGUGAACUUGAGCGUCUCUUUAUCGAAACCAGGGUUUCCCAAACUCAGUCCUGGUUCUGAGUUCGGUUUGUGCUCUAGCACUACACAGCGGAUUAAUAUAACCAGACCUUGAUGAUGAGUUGGGAAACACUUAUAUAGACAACCAAUUUAGAUAUGUAGGACCCUGCGGAACACGGAAGUCUCCUUUUCGUUCAGCGCGGAGAGGGAAAGAGGGAGAGCGAAGAGUGUGAGAGCAUAUGAGAGAGAGAAAGAGAGAGACAGAGCGCUGACUCCUCCUCGUUCUCCGGUGUCAAAGUUGACAUCAGCCCUGGAGCGGAGUUGAACAGGAGCCUCGUGCGUGAACAGGAGAGCGAGCUCACAUCUUUCAGUGGCGAAUGCUGCACGGAGUUAUGUACCUCGCGCUGCCUUGCCCUCUGAACUGCCUGCCGUCAUGGAUUGCAACCCGCGCGCGAAACCAAUACUACUCUUUAUUUUACUGUUCAUCUUGUCGUUUAUCCGCUCAGCACUUCUGAUCAUCCACCCGUCCAAUGAAGUGAACCUGUUGGACUCCAAAGCCAGCCAGGGGGAGCUGGGAUGGAUCUCCUACCCAUCACAUGGGUGGGAGGAGAUCAGCGGAGUAGACGAGCACUACACUCCCAUCAGGACCUUCCAGGUGUGUAACGUGAUGGAGUACAGUCAGAACAACUGGCUGAGGACCAACUGGAUCCCCCGCCAGUCGGCCCAGAAGAUCUACGUGGAGCUAAAGUUCACCCUGAGAGACUGUAACUCCAUCCCCCUGGUCCUGGGGACCUGCAAGGAGACCUUCAACCUGCUGUACAUGGAGACAGACGAGGACCAGGGCAGUCACUUCAGAGAACACCAGUUCUCUAAGAUCGACACCAUCGCUGCAGACGAGAGCUUCACCCAGAUGGACCUGGGGGACCGCAUUCUGAAGCUCAACACGGAGGUCCGGGAGGUGGGGCCUGUUACGAAGAAGGGCUUCUACCUGGCGUUCCAGGACGUGGGGGCGUGUGUGGCCCUGGUGUCAGUCAGGGUCUACUUUAAGAAGUGCCCAUUCAUUGUGAGGAACUUGGCCUCCUUCCCUGAUACCGUGCCAAUGGACUCUCAGUCAUUGGUGGAGGUGAAGGGCCUGUGUGUCAAUCACUCCAAGGAGGAGGAGCCACCGCGUAUGUACUGUAGUACAGAGGGGGAGUGGCUAGUGCCCAUAGGGAAGUGUCUGUGUAACGUUGGCUAUGAGGACAGAGGGAGCUCCUGCCAAGCAUGCAGAGCAGGGUUCUAUAAGUCUCUGCUGGGUAACGUCCAGUGUUCUAAGUGUCCACCCCACAGCUUCACCCAUCAUGAGGGAGCUCUACACUGUGGCUGUGAGAAAAACUACUUCCGUGCUGAUGGAGACCCGCCAUCUAUGGCCUGCACACGUCCUCCCUCCGCUCCUCGUAACGUGAUCUCAGUCAUCAAUGAGACCUCAGUGAUUCUGGACUGGUCCUGGCCGGAGGACACGGGAGGUCGUAAGGACGUUACCUUCACCGUGCUGUGUAAGCGCUGCAGGCAGGGCCAGAGGGUGUGUGAGGUGUGUCGCAGUAAUGUGCGGUUCCUCCCCCGUGCUGCAGGCCUGCAGAACACUACCGUAACCGUAGGAGACCUGCUGGCUCACACCAACUACACCUUCGAGAUCGAAGCUCAAAAUGGAGUGUCCCAGUUAGCCCCAACAAUGAGGCAAUAUGCUGCUGUGACCAUCACUACCAACCAAGCAGCCCCUUCUCCAGUGACUGUGAUCAGGAAGGACCGUACGUCUCGUAACAGCAUCUCUCUGUCCUGGCUGGAACCAGAGAGACCCAACGGCAUCAUACUGGACUACGAGGUCAAAUACUACCAGAAGCAGGAGCAGGAGACCAGCUAUACCAUCCUGCGCUCUAAGGGUUGUAACGUGACGUUGGGCGGUCUAAAGGCAGACACCUCCUACCUGCUCCAGAUCAGGGCCAGGACUGCAGCAGGCUACGGAGCCAGCAGCAGGAGCUUUGAGUUUGAGACAAGCCCUGACUCGUUCUCUAUCUCCAGUGAGAGUAGUCAGGUGGUGCUGAUAGCCAUCUCUUCCUCUGUAGCCAUUAUUUUGCUCUCCAUCCUCCUCUACGUGGUGAUUGGCAGGUUCUGUGGCUACAGCAAGUCUAAACAGCCUGAUGAAAAGAGACUGCACUUUGGCAAUGGUCACUUGCGUCUGCCAGGAAUAAGGACCUACGUAGACCCUCACACCUAUGAAGACCCCAGUCAGGCCGUCCAUGAGUUUGCCAAGGAGCUGGAUGCUUCCUGUAUCGCCAUCGACAAGGUGGUGGGAGCAGGUGAGUUUGGGGAGGUGUGCAGUGGUCGUCUGCGUCUGCCCAGUAAGAAGGAGAUCUGUGUGGCAAUCAAGACGCUGAAGGCAGGAUACACCGACAAACAGAGGCGGGACUUCCUGUCCGAGGCGUCAAUCAUGGGACAGUUUGACCAUCCAAACAUCAUCAGGCUGGAGGGAGUGGUCACCAGGAGUAAACCUGUGAUGAUAGUGACUGAAUACAUGGAAAAUGGAUCCUUGGACAGCUUUCUGAAAAAACAUGAUGCCCAGUUUACUGGUAUCCAGUUGGUGGGCAUGCUGCGUGGCAUCGCGUCAGGCAUGAGGUACCUGUCUGACAUGGGUUACGUCCACAGGGACCUGGCCGCUCGUAAUAUCCUGGUGAACAGCAACCUGGUGUGUAAGGUGUCUGACUUCGGCCUGUCCAGAGUCCUGGAGGACGACCCCGAGGCAGCUUACACCACACGGGGAGGUAAGAUCCCUAUCAGGUGGACAGCUCCAGAGGCCAUCUCCUACAGGAAGUUCACCUCGGCCAGCGAUGCCUGGAGCUACGGUAUCGUGCUCUGGGAAGUGAUGUCAUACGGGGAGCGGCCUUACUGGGAGAUGUCCAAUCAGGACGUGAUCAAGGCGGUGGAUGAGGGCUACAGACUGCCUCCUCCUAUGGACUGUCCUGCAGCUCUGUACCAGCUGAUGUUGGACUGCUGGCAGAAGGAGAGGAACAACAGACCCAAGUUUGAACAGAUCGUCAGCAUCCUGGAUAAACUCAUACGCAACCCUGGGAGCCUGAAGAUCACAGCCAACACCUCAUCCAGGCCAGCCAACCUGCUUCUGGACAGGAGUAGUUCUGAGGUGGUUCCAUCGUUGGACACCAUGGGGGAUUGGCUGGACAGCGUGAGGACUCUGCCCUGUAAGGAGGCCUUCUCUGGGGUCAGCUACAGCUCCUGUGACACCCUGCCCAAGACCUCCGCAGAAGACACCGGAUGGGACCUAAAGAAGGUUGGUGUGACUAUCGUCGGCCCUCAGAAGAACAUUGUGAGCAGCAUCAAAGCACUAGAGAGCCACAGUAAGAAUGGCCCUGUCCCAGUCUAACCCAACCAAGCCACUAGAGAUCCACAGAUUGGCUGACUGGCUGCCCUCUGGCCCCCGUUCCAUUCUGAAUGAAGCCCGUCUGGCCCCCGUUCCAAUCUGAAUGAAGCCAUUCUGGGUCCCAAUCCAUUCUGAAUGAAGCCCAUCUGGGCCCCGUUCCAUUCUAAAUGAAGACCCUCUGGACCCCGUUCCAUUCGGAAUUAAGCCCUUCUGUGCCCCGUUUCAUUCUGAAUUAAAGUGUCUACUUUUCAGUUCCUCCCUCCACGUCUGUGGACGUUUCAAUUAGGUUCAUUCCACGAGGGAGCCCUCCCCUGUCGAGGUGCAGUGAUAGGGAAUGAAGGAGGGGAGAGGACGGGCUCAUAGCACUUAGAAUAGCCCUCUGAUCUCUGUAACAUGCAGGAGGAAGUCCCAAACUAAAGGAGGAAGUAGACAUUGGAAAAGUGGUGCAGCGGAGGACAACAGCUCUGAGGUUUGAUGAUGUCACCAUGAUAUCAUGCCCUUACCCUGAAUCCAGGGCAAGCAGUCAGACCGACAGACAGACCAACCCUUCGACACCAUUGCUGAGAUGCCUUACUGAGAACACAGGAAAGAGGGAGAUAACCUGGCCUUGGACCUUAAGGGCAUGAGGAUAAAGGGCUGGAGCUGGGAUUGGAGAACCUGGGACAGCAGGGCCCUGUGUGUGACUUUUCGUGGAAAGGGGUUUGUUGAGAACUGAACCAGUCGUGAUCUGAUCCUGUGGAUUUGACUGACAGUUUUUAAACUCUGGAGAGGAAAACUUUAAAUGCCUUGAGUAGAACAACGCAGACAGCAGCAGCAAUCCACAUCAACCUGGAGCAGACGAAGCACACCUGGAGACUCCCACCACUGAAGACCCCACUCUCUCUCACAGAGAAGGACUGAUACUACUCUGUGUGUGUGUGUGUGUGUGUGUGUGUGUGUGUGUGUGUGUGUGUGUGUGUGUGUGUGUGUGUGUGUGUGUGUGUGUGUGUGUGUGUGUGUGUGUGUGUGUGCGUGCGUGCGUGCGUGCGUGCGUGCGUGUGCGUGUGUGUAUCCACCCAUGUCUCUGCAUGUGAGUGUGAAGUUAUACUCAAGAGAAAAUCAGCUUGAGAAGGAAGCCAAACCAUUUGAUGGGCACCCAGACUAGAAUAAGCCAUUUAUCCCAUAGCUAUAGACUACUGUCUGCAAACAGUCAAUGUCAAACAGAGAGCAAUAAUCAUAACAAUCAGUUUAUCAGUUUGAUCAACCUGAAGUCAUGAGUCUCAGACCUGUACAGUUUGCUCUGAUGGUAAACAGAACAUAUCAGACCACAGAACUGUAACUAACUACUACCUGUCUGCUUACCAUACAUACAGUUGAAGUCGGAAGUUUACAUGCACCUUAGCCAGAUACAUUUAAACUCACUUUUUUCCCUGACAUUUAAUCCUAGUAAAAAUUCCCUGUUUUAGGUCAGUUAAGAUUACCACUUUUUUUUUUAAGAAUGUGAAAUGUCAGAAUAAUAGUAUAGAGAAUUAUUUAUUUCAGCUUUUAUUUCUUUCAUCACAUUCCCUAUGGGUCAGAUGUUUACAUACACUCAAUUAGUAUUUGGUAGCAUUGUCUUUAAAUUGUUUAACUUGGGUCAAACGUUUCGGGUAGCCUUCCACAAGCUUCCCACAAUAAGUUGGGUGAAUUUUGUCCCAUUCCUCCUGACAGAGCUGGUGUAACUGAGUCAGGUUUGUAGGCCUCCACACACCUUUUCUGUUCUGCCCACACAUUUUCUAUAGGAUUGAGGUCAGGGCUUUCUGAUGGCCACUCCAAUACUUUGAUUUUGUUGUCCUUAAGCCAUUUUGCCACAACUUUGGGAAUAUGCUUGGGAUCAUUGUCCAUUUGGAAGAACCAUUUACGACCAAGCUUUAACUUCCUGACUGAUGUCUUGAGAUGUUGCUUCAAUAUAUACACAUAAUUUUCCUGUCUCAUGAUGCCAUCUAUUUUGUGAAGUGCACCAGUCCCUCCUGCAGCAAAGCACCCCCACAACAUGAUGCUGCCACCCCCGUGCUUCAGUUAUAUUUUUUUGUCAUCAGACCAGAGGAUGUUUCUCCAAAAACUACGAUCUUUGUCCCCAUGUGCAGUUGGAAACCGUAGUCUGGCUUUUAUAUGGCGGUUUUGGGGCAGUGGCUUUUUCCUCUCUGAGCGGCCUUUCAGGUUAUGUCGAUAUAGGACUCGUUUUACUGUGGAUAUAGAUACUUGUGGAACCUGUUUCAUCCAGCAUCUUCACAAGGUCCUUUGCUGUUGUUCUGGGAUUGAUUUGCACUUUUCGCACCAAAGUAUGUUCAUCUCUAGGAGGCAGAACGCGUCUCCUUCCUGAGCGGUAUGACGGCUGCAUGGUCCCAUGGUGUUAUACUUGUGUACUAUUGCUUAUACAGAUGAAUGUGGUACCUUCAGGCAUUUGGAAUUUGCUCCCAUGGAUGAACCAGACUUGUGGAGAUCUACAAUAUUUUUUUCUGAGGUCUUGGCUUAUUUCUUUUGAUUUUCCCAUGAUGUCAAGCAAAGAGGCACUGAGUUUGAAGGUAGGCCUUGAAAUACAUCCACAGGUACACCUCCAAUUGACUCAAAUUAUGUCAAUUAGCCUAUCAGAAGCUUCUUUCUGGAAUUUUCCAAGCUGUUAAUAGGCACAGUCAACUUAGUGUAUGUAAACUUCUGACUUCUGAAUUGUGAUACAGUGAAUUAUAAGUGAAAUAAUCUGUCUGUAAACAAAAUUAUUUGUGUCAUGCCAAAACUAUAGUUUGUUAACAAGAAACUUGUGGGGUGGUUGAAAAACGAGUUUUAAUGACUCCAACCUAAGUGUAUGUUAACUUCUGACUUCAACUGUAUCUGUAACUAACUAUCACCAUUCUGCUUAUCAUACAGAACUGUAUCUAACUACCACCUGUCUGCUUAUCAUACAGAACUGUAACUAACUACCACCUGUCUGCUUAUCAUACAGAACUGUAACUAACUACCACCUCUCUGCUUAUCAUACAGAACUGUAACUAACUACCACCCUUCUGCUUAUCAUACAGAACUGUAACUAACUACCACCUGUCUGCUUAUUUUAUUUUUAUUUUUUUUAUUUCACCUUUAUUUAACCAGGUAGGCUAGUUGAGAACAAGUUCUCAUUUGCAACUGCGACCUGGCCAAGAUAAAGCAUAGCAGUGUGAACAGACAACACAGAGUUACACAUGGAGUAAACAAUUAACAAGUCAAUAACACAGUAGAAAAAAUGGGCAGUCUAUAUACAAUGUGUGCAAAAGGCAUGAGGAGGUAGGCGAAUAAUACAAUUUUGCAGAUUAACACUGGAGUGAUAAAUGAUCAGAUGGUCAUGUACAGGUAGAGAUAUUGGUGUGCAAAAGAGCAGAAAAGUAAAUAAAUAAAAACAGUAUAAAAACAGUAUGGGAAAGAGGUAGGUGAAAAAGGGUGAGCUAUUUACCUAUAGACUAUGUACAGCUGCAGCGAUCAGUUAGCUGCUCGGAUAGCUGAUGUUUGAAGUUGGUGAGGGAGAUAAAAGUCUCCAACUUCAGCGAUUUUUGCAAUUCGUUCCAGUCACAGGCAGCAGAGUACUGGAACGAAAGGCGGCCAAAUGAGGUGUUGGCUUUAGGGAUGAUCAGUGAGAUACACCUGCUGGAGCGCGUGCUACGGAUGGGUGUUGGCAUCGUGACCAGUGAACUGAGAUAAGGCGGAGCUUUACCGAGCAUGGACUUGUAGAUGACCUGGAGCCAGUGGGUCUGGCAACGAAUAUGUAGUGAGGGCCAGCCGACUAGAGCAUACAAGUCGCAGUGGUGGGUGGUAUAAGGUGCUUUAGUGACAAAACGGAUGGCACUGUGAUAGACUGCAUCCAGUUUGCUGAGUAGAGUGUUGGAAGCCAUUUUGUAGAUGACAUCGCCGAAGUCGAGGAUCGGUAGGAUAGUCAGUUUUACUAGGGUAAGCUUGGCAGCGUGAGUGAAGGAGGCUUUGUUGCGGAAUAGAAAGCCGACUCUUGAUUUGAUUUUUGAUUGGAGAUGUUUGAUGUGAGUCUGGAAGGAGAGUUUGCAGUCUAGCCAGACACCUAGGUACUUAUAGAUGUCCACAUAUUCAAGGUCGGAACCAUCCAGGGUGGUGAUGCUAGUCGGGCAUGCGGGUGCAGGCAGCGAUCGGUUGAAAAGCAUGCAUUUGGUUUUACUCGCAUUUAAGAGCAGUUGGAGGCCACGGAAGGAGUGCUGUAUGGCAUUGAAGCUCGUUUGGAGGUUUGAUAGCACAGUGUCCAAUGACGGGCCGAAAGUAUAUAGAAUGGUGUCGUCUGCGUAGAGGUGGAUCAGGGAAUCGCCCGCAGCAAGAGCAACAUCAUUGAUAUAUACAGAGAAAAGAGUCGGCCCGAGAAUUGAACCCUGUGGCACCCCCAUAGAGACUGCCAGAGGACCGGACAGCAUGCCCUCCGAUUUGACACACUGAACUCUGUCUGCAAAGUAAUUGGUGAACCAGGCAAGGCAGUCAUCCGAAAAACCGAGGCUGUUGAGUCUGCCGAUAAGAAUAUGGUGAUUGACAGAGUCGAAAGCCUUGGCGAGGUCGAUGAAGACGGCUGCACAGUACUGUCUUUUAUCGAUGGCGGUUAUGAUAUCAUUUAGUACCUUGAGUGUGGCUGAGGUGCACCCGUGACCGGCUCGGAAACCAGAUUGCACAGCGGAGAAGGUACGGUGGGAUUCGAGAUGGUCAGUGACCUGUUUGUUGACUUGGCUUUCGAAGACCUUAGAUAGGCAGGGCAGGAUGGAUAUAGGUCUAUAGCAGUUUGGGUCCAGGGUGUCUCCCCCUUUGAAGAGGGGGAUGACUGCGGCAGCUUUCCAAUCCUUGGGGAUCUCAGACGAUAUGAAAGAGAGGUUGAACAGGCUGGUAAUAGGAGUUGCGACAAUGGCGGCAGAUAGUUUCAGAAAUAGCGGGUCCAGAUUGUCAAGCCCAGCUGAUUUGUACGGGUCCAGGUUUUGCAGCUCUUUCAGAACAUCUGCUAUCUGGAUUUGGGUAAAGGAGAACCUGGAGAGGCUUGGGUGAGGAACUACGGGGGG